CUGUCUCUUUAAGGCCUGUCACUGCUCGCUCUUAGCUAGCCUCCCGCUGCUUGUUAUUUUCUGCAACAAGAUGGCUGUCGUCCCUGAGAGCAGAGUCCUCACUUUCAGCGUUUUUAAAUGGAGCUCUUACUCCUCUACAUAUUUACCAGAGAAUAUCUUGGUGGACAAACCUAAUGAUCAGUUCUCCAGGUGGUCUUCUGAGAGCAAUUACCCUCCACAGUUUUUAAUCUUAAAAUUGGAACGGCCGGCAAUCGUUCAGAGCAUCACGUUUGGGAAGUAUGAGAAGACUCAUGUCUGCAACCUGAAGAAGUUUAAAGUGUUCGGUGGGAUGAGUGAAGAGAACAUGACAGAGCUUUUGUCCAGUGGCCUUAAGAACGACUACAACAAGGAAACAUUCACCUUAAAGCACAAGAUCGACGAGCAGAUGUUUCCCUGCAGAUUUGUCAAAAUAGUGCCUCUGAUGUCGUGGGGUCCUAGUUUUAACUUCAGCAUCUGGUACAUCGAGCUGCAUGGGAUUGAAGAUCCUGACGUGGUGCAGCCCUGCCUUAACUGGUACAGCAAGUACAGAGAACAGGAAGCUAUCCGCCUUUGCCUCAAGCACUUCAGACAGCAUAACUACACAGAGGCCUUUGAGUCGCUGCAGAAGAAGACUCGGAUAGCACUGGAGCACCCGAUGCUAACACACCUACACGACAGGCUGGUGCUGCAAGGAGACUUUGACGCCUGCGAGGAGCUCAUAGACAAAGCUGUCAGAGACGGUUUGUUUAACCAGUACAUCAGCCAGCAGGAGUACAAGCCGAGGUGGAGUCAGAUCAUCCCCAAAUGUAACAAAGGUACAAGCGCCCAAGAAAUCAACCGAGACGACAUGAACAGUGAUGGCGACGACAACAGGCCCGGGAUGAGGGGAGGACAUCAAAUGGUCAUUGACGUUCAGACCGAGACUGUAUACCUGUUCGGGGGCUGGGAUGGCACGCAGGACCUGGCUGAUUUCUGGGCUUACAGCGUUCAAGAAAACCAGUGGGCCUGCAUCUCCAGAGACACAGAGAAAGAGAGCGGUCCGAGCGCUCGCUCCUGCCACAAGAUGUGCAUCGACUCUCAGCGGCGGCAGAUCUACACACUCGGUCGAUACCUGGACUCCAGCGUCCGGAACAGCAAGUCUCUAAAGAGCGAUUUCUACCGCUACGACAUCGACGCCAACACCUGGACGCUACUCAGCGAGGACACGUCAGCUGAUGGAGGGCCGAAAUUGGUGUUUGAUCAUCAGAUGUGCAUGGACUCAGAGAAGCACAUGAUCUACACGUUUGGCGGCCGCAUCCUGACGUGUAACGGCAGCGUAGAGGAGAGUCGGACGUCGGAGCCUCAGUUCAGCGGCCUGUACGCCUUCCACUGCCAGGCGGGGACGUGGAGCCUCCUACGGGAAGACUCGUGUAACGCCGGGCCAGAGGACGUCCAGUCACGUAUCGGACACUGCAUGCUCUUCCACACUAGAAAUCGCUGUCUGUAUGUGUUUGGAGGCCAGAGGUCAAAGACGUACCUAAAUGACUUCUUCAGCUAUGAUGUGGACGGAGACCAUGUAGAGAUCAUAUCUGACGGCACAAAGAAGGACUCAGGCAUGGUACCGAUGACAGGCUUCACACAAAGAGCCACCAUCGACCCUGAGCUCAACGAGAUCCACGUUCUGUCAGGCCUAAGCAAGGACAAGGACAAGCGAGAAGAGAAUGUCCGAAACUCCUUCUGGAUCUACGACAUCGCCCGUAACAACUGGUCGUGCGUGUACAAGAACGACCAGGCGGUGAAAGAAAACCCAAGUAAAGCUCUGCAGGAGGAGGAGCCCUGUCCACGCUUUGCACACCAGCUGGUCUACGAUGAGAUGCACAAGGUGCAUUACCUGUUUGGUGGUAACCCAGGGAAGUCGUGUUCUCCUAAGAUGCGUUUGGACGACUUCUGGUCCCUCAAACUGUGUCGACCUUCAAAGGAGUACCUGCUGCGACACUGCAGAUACCUAAUCAGGAAAUACAGAUUUGAAGAGAAAGCUCAGUCGGAGCCUCUGAGUGCACUAAAAUACCUGCAGAACGACCUCUCACUGACGGUGGACCACACAGAUCCCGAUGAGACCAAAGAGUUCCAGCUUCUGCCCUCGGCUCUCUUCAAGUCCAGCUCCGACUUCAUCCCUCUGGGUUUCUCAGACGUGGAUCAGACGUAUGCUCAGCGGACCCAGCUCUUUGACACACUCGUCAACUUCUUCCCGGACAGCAUGACCCCGCCUAAGGGAAACCUAGUAGACCUCAUCACACUCUAGCCCCUCUCACUUUGGACACUCCAGCCCCCCUUUGCUCCUAACCUACUGGACUGACUGAACACCUUCCCAUCUCUGCACCAUGACAGGACAGAGGACACAGAGACCAGAUAUUUUUCUAUUUCUGAACCCUGGUAGGGGGAAACUACUCAUCUGGAAACUCCUGCUGUUACCUGACAGUGAGAUAAACACUCUCAAACGACACUACGGUAUUUGGAUGUGAACAAAUACCAACGACAUGAACUGUGAGUUUUUCUUUUACCCAAAUAUCUCUUUGGGUUUUUCUUGGUAAUGAAGACUUCUUGGAGCACAUAAAGGCCCUCUAAACUCUGCCAAACAUCGCUUCUGUUUCUCAUCUUCACUUGUUAUUCCAUCGUAGAAAAAUUAAGGCCAAAAAGAGGAUUUAUUUCACAGAGUUUUCCUUUUUUUUUAAAGUGUUGGAUUUGUGCUUUUUACCCACACAAACGCCCACACAGUCAAACACAGACAUUUGGAGCAAAAUGGAUGAUGAGAUGAAGUCUGCUGAGGCCAAUUGUUGCACAAUUUCAGCUCAAGUUUACUUGUUAAUUUACUUGGUAUAAGGACAGUGUGUCCGUGACACGGGAAAACAUUUAGGCCACGUUUACACAAAAAAAGAUCGACUGAAAACAUUUUCAUGUUAAGUUUCAGAAAAGAUUCUUAUUGAGAUUAAUACAUUUGAUGCCUGCCACUAUGCACACAGCUCGGCAAACACAACUAAAAACUAAGGAUGCACGAUAUUGGAUUUUUGCUGAUAAAACCAAUCCCUUUUAUGGUGAUACUGACAGUUAAGGUUUAUCAAAAAUAUAAAUGUAUCCUGCUACCCAUCUGUUGCCAGGUCACUCAGCAGCAGGAACUUCCCUUGGCAAAGUAGUGAUUUCUGUAUAGAAAAACACUACCAAAAAGGCUGUUUUGAGCUGUUUAUGACUAUGCCAAGUGUUAAGAGUGCAAAAAUAAAAACAUUCUUAAUUCUUAAGCUCCUGUUGUGUCCAGAUAGUAGUGAAAUAUCCAAAAAGAAUUUUGAAAAAACUCAACAGCAGUGACAGUACCCUGUCACACAAUGCCUGUGUAUGGUCUAGUGUUGCCAUGGUUUAGCUCAUUGAACUCUGAUCUUAUCCGACAGGAAAUGCUUCUCUUUUAAGAGAUCUGGAUCAUUUAGCUCAGUAGAGCUGGCUCUUCAUUUGGUACCAGUUUGGCUUUUUAAAUAUAGAUUGAAUAACGAAAAAACAUGAGGAAAGGAAACUGGCACUCAAACAGAAGCGAGCUACAGUGGCUCACAUUAAAGAGCCAUUUUGUAGGAAAGGCUUGUUCAUUAACACCACAUUAUUACUCGGUCGCUCAUCCCACGAGGUUUAUUUAGUUUCUAGUCCAUCAGCAUUUCAACUAAAGUGUGUUAGACAAAACGAGGAAUUUUUUAAAUGUUAAAGAGGCUCAGCUAGCCUCUUAGCUCUGUACAAGACUCCUCUACACUCUCCCUUCAUCUGACUAGACGGAGGUCCAUUUAGAGAUUUGAAGUACUAACUUUCCUCCAUUCCCAUUUAUUCCUAAUGGCUAUCCCCUACUUCCUGACCCCCAACAAGCAUUCAGGAUCACAUGAUUGCAAAGAACCUAUUCUGCCUCUUAAAGUUGGCCAGACAUGACCCAGCAAUGAUCCACAAGAUCCAUACUUAAGCAAAAAUAUGAAAGAAGUAGGGCUGUCAGCUUAAAUGCAUUGAUCCUGAUAAAAUAAGAUCCAUAGUUAUUCAGAUUAGGCACACUUUAGCUUUAGCCACAACGAUGUAACAUGAGUCCACCUCUGCACCUUAGCGUCUUAAUUUACUCUAAAAAGUCAGACAGCUCAGUGGACAAGUCAAAAGUCUGCGUAACCUUCUGUUAUUAAGCAUUUACCUUAUUUCCUUUUUAAUCCAUCGCAAGUCCCUUUUUCUGUCAUUCAUUUCAUGCCAUAAUCUUUCCAAAGUUCCAAAAGCAGGUCUUAAUCCAAAACUUUAAAUGCAAAAUAGUGGCAUUCCAGUAAGUGACAAAAGGUGAGAUUAAUUGCAAUUAACCAAAAAAAUAUUAAGAAAUAUUAUAAUAUUCAAGCUGAACAUAUCUUUUGGAACAUGUUUUAAGUAAUUGCCAUCAAUCCUGUUUCUAUGAUUGUGGAGAGGACAAAAUCAGGAUUAUGGGUUGAAAUAUCUCUUCCAAAACCACUGUAGUAAAUGUGUAUGGCCAGUAGUCGGCAGUGUGGCUUUGUUAUGAAGCAACAUGGGCAUGUUCACAUAAAAAACUUUCUACUGAGUGAUGAGUCGUGAACAUGGGGCUGUUACUCCUAAAGACUCUAAACUAAGAAGUAAGGGAAUUUCAGUAGAAGAGUAAGCAGCACUAGAAAGACCACAGGGUCCAGCAUUGUUGUAGUAGUCCACCUACUCCUGGGGUCAUCAUGUUCGGAGGGAUCUGCAUGUCACCAGUUUACAAAAGUGUUGGGGUUCUCAUAAAUCUAUACACUCUGGAAUUAAUUUUCAGGCAUCCUAGGCACUAUUGUUGUGUAAUCGAACAUCCAAAGCACCUCUAAAGGUUGCUGUUUUCAGAUGAGCUUAUCCUGUAAAUGUGGCCUUCAAAAUCUUCUUUUGUGUUGAAAUUCAGAACCUAUCCAGUUUUGGUUUGGUUAUUUUGUUACUCUUUUUAUGAAUGUGACGGCCAAAAAGAGACAAAAUGUAAUAAUGGAGGAAUGAUUCUAUGAGAUAAAGUUUAAUAUAUAUCAAAGUAUUGUUUUUUCUCCAGCAGUUUAAUUUGUCGUCCUCAGUAAUGGAUGGACUAUAACGGGUGUACAGAAAAUGUAAAUAUACAUAUAUGAACUUCUUGGAUUGAACAGAUUCUACGCUCAGAUUUUGUUCUUUUCUCUUUCAUCCCUUUUCAUGAAAAGAAUCAGGGUCUUCUUACAGCAUCUCUCUGGCUAUAUAUUAUAACUUAAAUCUUAUAACUUAUUGGGAUAAAUUAAACAAUUGGUGUGUGAAUGAAGUGCUGCUGCCAGUAAGGAGUUUGAAGAUUUAGGUCUUGGAUUAUAAUACUAAGUAAGUGUGAGUUUUUCGCUGACAUUUUCCCUUUCCCUCGUCUUUUUCUUCCUUAACGUUCCCCUGAAUUUAAAUGUAAAGUAAACAAAGAACUGACUGAUGUGCCGAAACAAACAAAAACAUUGGUAUGGUCCUUUAAAUGUCAAUAUGAGCUUAAGAUCUCCUGCAAACACUCUGAGUUGAAUUGUGCAGGAGUUUAAAUCAAUAUUUUUGGUAUCUUUAUGACUAAAAUAUCUUUUUUUGCUGAGUGCCCUGUUAUUUGAAAUAUCAAAAAUCCCCUUAAGAUGUUGUUUACUGUGGUCGUGGUUGCUCAUCGCGUAUAAUUGUAUCAGCGUUUCUAUCAUCGGCACGUUUCAUUUUAACAUUAAAGUGGCCUGCUAUUUUGACAUAUUUAAUACCUUAGAUUACUCAGUCAAUAAAAAUAAACCUGCAGACUCCCCAUGAUAAACAUCUUCGUUUUAUGGUCCCUUAAUGGACUAACUGAGCAAGGGAUUAUUCAUAAUGUCCUGAUGACAUUUAAGGCUCCUCACGCUUGCCGUAGCAUUUAUUUUUUGUUUUGUGCCAGAAGAAAACUGUGUUAAAAAAUAAAUGAAAGCACCUUUGUAUGGAAAAAAAAACAAACACAAUGCCAAAUACUACUCUUGUUUUUGAUCUUUUAGGUUAAAUCUCCUCCACACAGCACUGUUUGCUGGAUGAAAUAUUAUUUUUUUUUUUUUUUCAUGUUUUCUUUCCAUCUCGCCCCUCUCUGGACCCCUGGGUGGGACUUGGGAGUUUAAAGGCUGGUACUCUCCGAUCAGUGAGCACUACUCUGUGGAUACAGUGAAUGUGUAGAAAGCCUUGUAGUAUUGCAUUGUAUGUAAUGUAUAUAAUGAAUAAAGAUUGUAUUUUGUUCAGGUUUCUUAA